CCGAUAAACGAUGAGUGCUAGGUCUAUGACAUCCUAGUGUCGGAAAGGGUGUUGAAUGUCGUAUAAUGUUUUCCAGAAUCUAGUCUUACUCUACUGUCAAAAAAACUGCCAUGAAUGAUUCUCUUUUUUUUCUAAAUCCAGCGUCUCUUUAAAAACUUGUAUAAUUUUUAUUGCCGCGAGUUAUCACGUUUCACAACAUGGGGGACUCUACAGAAUCCCAGAAGUGGCAACAACAUUUAGCUCUACUCCGAGAACAGUACGUCAAAUUGAAUGCUGCGCAUCUCAAACUUCAACAAGACUACAAAAACGCUACAGCUGGCAGUGAAGAAUCUUCAUUUGUUAGUAGGAUUUUGACAACUGUCGCAUCACUUUAUGGGCAACAGCGUCAUAGUGAUAUCACAAUAAAUCUAGCAAAUCAACAAAUACCAGCUCACAAAUUCGUAUUGGCAGCACGGAGCGACUUUUGGAAUGAAUCAGCUUUGGGCACUACCUGCAUUCUUGAUUGGAGUAAUUUAGAUGAGAAAGUAGGAACCGUACUACUAAAAUGGGUUUACACUGGUGUAACGGAAAAAAGAAAUUUAACUCUAGAACUAAUGAAAGCUGCAUCAAGAUUUCAGUUAUUGGAAUUGGUCGAUCAGUGCGAAAAAAAUCUAAUUGGAACCGUCAGUCUUCGUGAUUGCGUUCAUUUGUAUACAGCUGCUGAAGAGUUAGGAACGAUAGCAUUAAGAGAUCACUGCAGUUCAUUAAUAUCUGUACAUUGGGAUGAUUUAACUGGAGAAGACUUCAAAGAGAUGCCAGGAGCAUUGCUGUAUAAAUUAUUGAAGGCUAAAAGCAAGUUUCCGCUGCAUUCAGCUGUGCGAUUGGUUCGAGAAGAUGUUGUCUUUUUGUUCUUGGUGGAACACGAUUCAGAGCUUCCCACAGCAGUAAAUACAGUCGAUUCCAAGGGAGAAAGAGCAUUAGAAGUAGCACUGCGAGCUCGUCAACCGUCUUUGGCACGAACCUUAGUUGAACAUCGUGCAGAUUUAGGAGCAAGAGAUCCGAGUGGACUAACUCUGCUUCAGUCAGCAAUCUUGAAGGGGGAUUCAUAUUCGGCUGAAUUUAUUAUAGAACAGCUUGAGAUCAGUAAUAAUACUCAAAAAUUAUGCGAACCUGUACGUAUAAUUCCGGAAGCAAAGCAUGCGAAGGACUUAGAAAAAUACGUCGGAUGUACAGCACUUCAUUUAACAGCUGGGCACAAAACACAAGACAUGACCUCUGUCGCUAUCAGACUGAUUCAAGCUGGUAUUAAUCCUAAUUUACAUGAUCACAAAGGAUGGACAGCAUUACACAGCAGCAUCGCAGAAGAAAACGAGGCUCUCUUUGAUCUUCUGAUUAAUACCCCAGGAAUAAAUUUGGAUGUGUUAACGAAUGAAGGCCAUACAGCAUUAUCGUUCUCACUUAAUACAGAAAAUCUCCUGAAAUCAUAUGCCGAAAAACUUUUAAGCAAAGGAGCAGUACCGAAUCCAGUUUACACAACAACUAAAGAUACGCUCCUGCACAUUUUAGCUCGAGAAGGAAAGGAGGAUGCAGCAUUAUUUUUAAUAGAAUAUCCUAUAAAAAAUUUGUCUGUUCAAAAUUCUGAAGGGUACACAAUAUUACACGAAGCCUGUAAAGCUGGACUAGAAAAUCUUACUCGUGCAUUGGUUAAAAGAAACAUGCCAACAGAUGUAGUGACUCUAUUGCAUGGGGAUGCACCGAUACAUUUAGCAAUAUCCAAACAACAUCACGGCGUUUUGAUGGCACUGUUGGAAGCCGAGCAAGCGAAUUUUCAAUUAAAUUUAAAAGAUGGAGAGGGUGAGACACCUUUGAGUCUAGCAAUCAAAACUCCGUUGAAAAAGGGGAGAGAAAUCGUUGCUGCACUUAUCAAAGCUGGUGCAGAUAUCAACCAGGUUAAUGAAAAGGGAUUGACACUUUUGCAUCAAGCUAUUCUGAAGGAGGACUCUGCAACAGCAAUAUUUUUAUUGGAAAAUGGCGCUGAUAUGAACAUCAAAACUCGCGAUGGUGAGACACCCCUUCAACUAUGCGUCCAUUGCCGAUUGGGUGAAGUAGUUGAAGCCCUUUGUCGUAGAGGAGUUGAUACCUCAAUAGGAUCCCCACUGUGGGAUGCACUUGAUUCCCAACAGGAAGACACGGCAUCCGUUUUAGUAGCUCAUGGGGCUGAUACUGACUGUUGGGGUCCAGGACCGGAGGGAUGUCUACAGACUCUGCUGCAUAGGGCCAUUGAUGAAAACAAGGAAACUAUUGCGCAGUUCUUGAUAAGAAGCGGCUGCGAUUUGAACUCACCUCGACGUCCUGGCAAAGAUGGAGGAGGGGAAGAGUCGAAAGAUAAUUGUUCACCAUUGCAUCUCUGCUGUCAAUGGGGUCUUGAACAAGUUGUUCAAACUCUUGUUGAGCAUGGUGCCAACGUGAAUUCACGUGAUGCAGAUGAAAAAACGCCAGUGCAUGUGGCCAUCCAGAACCACCAUGCACAAAUUAUUUGCCUUCUGUUGUGCCAUCCUCAAAUAGAUUUAUCUCUGAGGGAUAAACGGGGCUUGACCCCAUUCGCAACAGCACUUACAGUCCGUAAUCACAAAGCUGCCCAAGUCAUUUUAGAAAGACUUCCUACGGCUGCAGAACAAGUCGAUAACAAAGGAAGAAAUUUCCUACACAAAGCCAUACAGCAGAACGAUUUAGAAAGUGUGCUGUUCCUUCUAUCUAUACAGGUCGAUGUGAACUCUCGAGUUCAGGACAUGACGCAAACUCCGCCUCUUCAUCUAGCUGCUGAAUCCGGAAAUGAGAUGUUAGUGCGGAGUUUGGUUUUGGCUGGUGCUCGGAUAGAUGAUACUGAUGCGCAUAGAAACACAGCAUUGCACGCUGCUGCUCGUACUGGCCAUGCACCAGUUAUUUCAGCUUUAUUACAGAAUAAUAUUAACUUUGAUGCCAUAAAUGCUGACGGAGACAAUGCAUUGCAUGUUGCUGUAAGAGAGGGCCACGUUGCUGUGGUCAGAUCUCUUUUAACAGAAUGUUCUCUCGAUGCUGAAACAAUUAAUCUGAAGGGAAGAAAUCCUCUGCAUGAGUUAGCUAGAUACGGGCGUGACAAUGCAGCCACUAUUUGUGAGUUGUUUUUGGAAUGCAUGCCCAAGUAUCCACUGAACAAACCCGACUUGGAUGGAAAUACACCAUUGCUAAUAGCGUACAUGAAGGGAAAUGGAAAUUUAUGCCGGACUUUAGUAAAGGCUGGAGCGUGUAUGGGCUCAAUGAAUAAGGAAGGGAUCACGAUAUUCAAUUACCAAGUUGCGACAAAGCAACUUUUGUACAGAUUACUUGAUUCACUAACUCAAGAGGCACCAUGGGCUGAAAAAGACAUGUGUUUGGAAUGUGGCACCAAGUUCGGUCUUACAAUGCGAAAACAUCACUGUCGUCAUUGUGGACGGAUUUUGUGUAGCAAAUGCUCUGGUCAGGAUGUACCGAUAUUGAAAUUUGGAUUGAACAAACCAGUGCGAGUUUGUGGUGUGUGUUUUGACGUACUACAAGUUGGUACAGAGUAACUCGCUCCCAUGCAGUCAUAUUUUAAAAUAAACAGAGAUUUGAAAUAUAUCAUUCCAAGGUAACAACGAGAGAUUAUUUACCUACUAAUGGUAUUUAAGAUAUAAGAAUGUUAAUUUGUUGUAUCAAUAAAAUUAUGUUAGUAAUUUUUGUA